AUGAAUUUCACCUGCAUCCUGGCGCUGCGAGGCUUCAAGGACCGGUAUCCAUUCAACUAUUUGUUAUUGGCUUUGACCACUGUGAUGUCAGGAACAUUCUGGGGACUGACGCGAGGACUCACCGACUUCACCUUUCAUUUCCAGAUUCUGGCCAUCCUGGCCUUCACUAUGUGCGGCGCAGCAGUUAUCUCGAGCAUUUUGGCGGAUCUGGAGACAAAGAUGACCGGCUCACGGAUUUUGGUGGCUUCGGUCAUGCCAGCCUGGCUGGUAGCCUCGGUGAUCAACGCCAUCCUCACCGAGAUGAUUUUCCGCUUGAAGGUAAUGGAGGUAGUUGGUGCCAUAGGCUUCUCUCUUCUUCUUAUUUGCAUCCUGCUUGUGGAUGUAGGAAAGCUCUUGGUGAGAUGCAGACCCGACGAUUUCAUGUCCGUGAUCGUGGCGAUGAACUCAACCUUAAUGGUCGUAGUGAGUAUACCCUUUUUCUUCUUGACCUUCUGCUUUUUGCACUCUGGAGAGGUAUUUCUUGAGCCACUUGGCAUCUACCAGGCCCUAAUUGAACGUGUGGCCUCGGAGCAGCAGCCGCGUAUCACAGACUAUGAUGCGCCAAAUGCAGCGCCGGUGCCCAUUGUUGUGGUCGGUCAGGAGUGCCCAGCAUUUGCCCAAGGUGGUCUGACGCUGGCCAUUCCUUAG